CCGAGGCCGGUGUCUUUGAUUUUUGUUUAAGAGUUUGAGGUCUGGUCUUUCGAAUGAUGGUCCAUAUUGUCCUCCUCGCUCGUCGUCUCCGGCCGGUGUCGGUUGUGCGCUGCGCCCCGAUAACGUGAUCCUAACUGUUGUAGUACAUCGUUCCCAGUCUCGGUCUUGGCUCCCAGGAUCUCAUCAUGGCGCAGGCCCAGAAGAAGCAGCUGAUCCUCAACGCCUUUGUCGAGUCCUGCAGCGGCCACCAGUCUCCCGGCUUGUGGGCUCACCCCGAUGACAAGUCGACCAACUUCAACGAUGUGAAGCACUGGGUCAAGCUUGCACAGCUGCUGGAGGCAGCGAACUUCCACGGCAUAUUCAUCGCCGACGUCCUGGGCGCGUACGACGUCUACAAAGGCAAUCCCGACCCCGCGAUCAUCUCGGGCGCCCAGUGGCCGGUGAAUGAGCCGCUGGCGGUCGUCUCCGCCAUGGCCGCGGCCACCGAGAGCAUCGGCUUCGGCGUGACGGUGGCAACGACGUACGAACAGCCAUACCACCUCGCUCGCCGGCUGAGCACCGUCGACCACCUCUCCGGCGGGCGACUUGGCUGGAACGUCGUCACGGGCUACCUGGACUCGGCCGCGCGGAACCUCGGCCACACUGAGCAGCCGCAGCACGACGAGCGGUACGCCAUCGCCGAGGAGUACAUGGACGUCAUGUACAAGCUGUGGCAAUCAUCCUGGCGCGACGACGCGGUCAAGCUGGACCGCGAGCGGCGCAUCUACACGGACCCGCAGCUGGUGCGCACCAUCGACCACGUGGGCAAGUACUACAGGGUGCCGGGCCCGCACAUCUGCCAGCCGUCGCCGCAGCGCACGCCGCUGAUCCUGCAGGCGGGCACGUCCAAGGCGGGGCGGGCGUUCGCGGCGAAGCACGCCGAGGCCAUCUUCGUGGCCGGGCACAGCCCGUCGGUGGUGGCGCAGAACAUCGCCGACAUCCGCGCGACCGCGCGCGACCAGUUCGGGCGCGACCCCCGCUCCCUCAAGUUCCUCGCCCUGCUCUGCCCCGUGCUGGGGCCGACCGAGGAGGCCGCGCGCGCCAAGUACGCCGAGUACCUGUCGUACGGGUCCGAGGACGGCGCGCUGGCGCUGUUCGGCGGCUGGACGGGCAUCGACCUGGCCGUGUACGACGACGAGCAGGAGCUGCGCCAGGUCGAGAGCAACGCGAUCCGGUCGGCCGUCGAGGCCUGGUCGCGCGCCGCCCCCGGCGUGCCCAAGUGGACCAAGCGCACCGUGGCGGACCACAUCAAGGUCGGCGGCCUGGGCGCCACCGUCGUGGGCACGCCCGAGCAGGUGGCUGACGAGAUGGAGCGCUGGGUGCGCGAGGCCGACGUCGAUGGCUUCAACCUGGCGUACGCGCUCUUCCCGAAGUCGUUCGAGGACGUGAUCGAGUAUCUGCUGCCCGAGCUGAAGCGGCGGGGGCUGUUCUGGGACGGAUACGCCGUGAAGGGAGGUACCUACCGCGAGAACAUGUACGGCAGGCCGGGCCUGACGAGGCCACCGGCGGACCAUCCUGCGGCGAAAUAUCACUGGAAGGCAGAAUAGAGGAAUAAGGGGCAUUUCCAGAUAGUUAAUCAAGCAUGCAGGUGUGGCGCUGACAAACGACAGCACUUCUCCUUACUUGUCAGG